UGUAGUUUAGUAAUUUUGUAUAAUCGUGCCACGAUGUAUGGCAUUUGAAUCCAAAAAGUCGAUUUCUUUAUAUUUUAUCAACCCAUUUUCGUGGCUCACGAAGAGGAUUUUAUUCAUUGGACGCCAACUCUGAAUUCAUCUACUGUCCUUUUGGCGGUUUGGCUGCGUUCAAAUGGAUUUAGCUCACACGAAAAGCGUUGAACAAGUGCUAGAACAUUUUAGCGUGGACGAGUCGAUCGGGCUCACCUUAGACGAAGUUAAGUUGAGUCAAGAAAAAUAUGGCCCAAAUGAAAUGCCAGCAGAAGAGGGAAAGCCUAUGUGGAAACUGGUUUUAGAGCAGUUUGAUGAUUUACUAGUAAAAAUCCUGCUUUUAGCAGCUGUUGUUUCGUUUGUGUUGGCUCUAUUUGAAGACAGUGAGGAUAGAACCACAGCAUUUGUAGAACCGAUAGUAAUUCUUGUCAUUCUUAUAUUGAAUGCAAUUAUUGGUGUUUGGCAGGAGCUGAACGCAGAGAGUGCCAUAGAAGCCUUGAAAGAGUAUGAACCAGAAAUAGCCAAAGUUGUGAGGCAGAACAAAGUUGGUGUUCAGAAAAUCAAAGCAAAAGAUCUUGUGCCCGGGGAUGUUGUACAUGUUGCAGUUGGUGAUAAAGUUCCGGCCGAUAUACGUGUUACAAAAGUAUUAUCAACGACCUUAAGAAUAGAUCAGUCAAUCUUGACAGGAGAGAGUGUGAGCGUUUUGAAGCAUACGGAUGCAAUUCCUGAUGAACGGGCUGUGAACCAGGAUAAAACUAACAUGUUGUUUUCCGGAACAAACAUUGCAUGUGGUCGAGCCAUCGGCAUUGUGUGUGGUAUUGGAUGUAAUACUCAGAUAGGGAAAAUCAGAGAUGAGAUGGUUGAAACAGAGUCUGAGAAAACUCCUCUGCAGUGUAAGCUGGAUGAGUUUGGUGAACAGCUUUCAAAGAUCAUCACCGUAAUAUGCAUAGCAGUCUGGGCGAUCAAUAUUGGUCACUUCAACGACCCCGUUCAUGGCGGUUCUUGGGUCAAGGGUGCAGUUUAUUAUUUCAAGAUUGCUGUUGCUCUCGCGGUGGCCGCUAUACCCGAGGGAUUGCCCGCUGUCGUGACAAUAUGUCUUGCAUUAGGAACACGAAGGAUGGCAAAGAAAAAUGCGAUCGUUCGUAGUCUUCCUUCGGUGGAAACACUCGGCUGUACGUCCGUCAUUUGCUCUGAUAAAACUGGAACACUGACCACGAAUCAAAUGUCUGUUUGCAAGUUCUUUAUUUUAGAUGAAAUGAAGGGCGAAAAACCAACAUUCAACCAUUUUGAUGUCAGCGGAACAACAUACGCCCCAGAAGGCGAACUAACUUUGAAUGGAAAAACCGUUCGCGUUCAGGAUUACGAAGCCAUUCAGGAAUUGGCCAUUAUCUGUGCGCUGUGUAAUGACUCUGGUGUCGACUACAACGAGGCUAAGAAACAUUAUGAAAAAGUUGGCGAAGCGACUGAGACCGCCUUGGUCGUGCUGGUUGAGAAGUUGAACGUGUUUGGACUGAAUCUUGAUGGAAAAAACCCACACGAGCUUGCAAAUGCUUGUAACAACGAGGUUCUUAAACACUUCACCAAGGAUUUCACAUUUGAGUUUUCUCGUGAUCGUAAAUCGAUGAGUGUCUACUGCAUACCAAAGGAUGGUCUCCGUGAAAUGUUCCCUAGUUCAGGACCUAAGAUGUUUGUUAAGGGUGCUCCCGAAAGCAUUUUAGAACGAUGUGAAUUCGUGCGCAUCGGUCGUGAAACUGUGCCUCUCACUGAAGAAAUUAAGAGUGAAAUCUUGAGUAAUGUGCACGUGUAUGGCACAGGUGAAAACACAUUGAGGUGUUUGGCCCUUGCCACGAUCGACAAACCGAUGGCCAAGGAAAAAAUGAAUUUAGAGACCCGUGAUGUGACUCAGUAUGAGGAUGGUAUGACUUUCGUCGGCGUAGUAGGAAUGUUAGAUCCACCGCGUUCAGAAGUCGUCGACUCCAUUCAGAGAUGUCAGAAUUCCGGAAUUCAAGUGAUUGUCAUCACUGGUGAUAACAAGGGAACUGCGGAGGCCAUAUGUCGAAGAAUCGGUGUGUUCGCUUCGAAAGAAGAGACGGCAGGUUUAUCAUACUCAGGACGGGAAUUUGAUGAUUUGAGUGAACAGGAACAGCGGGAGGCUUGCAGAAGAGCCAGGUUGUUUUCACGCGUGGAGCCGUCGCAUAAAAGUCGUAUUGUGGAAUACCUUCAAGAUGACGGUCACGUGGCUGCCAUGACAGGCGACGGUGUCAAUGAUGCUCCAGCUCUAAAGAAAGCUGAGAUCGGUGUUGCCAUGGGAUCGGGCACGGCUGUAGCCAAAACUGCUUCCGAAAUGGUGCUUGCCGAUGAUAAUUUUGCUACGAUCGUUGCUGCUGUGGAAGAAGGAAGAGCCAUCUAUAAUAACACAAAGCAAUUUAUACGAUAUCUUAUUUCAUCCAACAUUGGCGAGGUCGUCAGUAUAUUCCUCACGGCUGCCUUAGGAAUGCCAGAAGCGCUCAUCCCAGUUCAAUUGCUGUGGGUUAACCUAAUGACGGAUGGUCCCCCCGCUACAGCUCUUAGUUUUAACCCCCCUGAUCUGGACAUUAUGGAAAAACCGCCGAGGAAGUCAAAAGAACCUUUGAUCAACAGAUGGCUCUUCUUCAGAUACCUCAUCAUUGGCAUAUAUGUUGGGGCAGCGACAGUCGCGGCAUCAGCCUGGUGGUUUAUGUACUAUGAAGGUGGACCUCAGAUAACCUACUAUCAACUGACUCACCACAUGCAGUGUCCUUUGGAUAAGGGGGCAUUCAAAGGCGUCAAUUGCUCAAUCUUUUCCGAUCUCCAUCCAAUGACCAUGGCUUUGUCUGUCUUAGUUACCAUUGAAAUGUUCAACGCUCUAAAUAGUUUAAGCGAGAACCAAAGUUUACUAGCAAUGCCUCCCUGGCAAAACCCAUCGUUGGUCACUGCGAUUUUGGCGUCAUUUUUAAUGCAUUUUGUAAUUCUUUAUUUUAAAUUCACUAAUACCAUAUUCCGCAUAACUCCUCUUAAUAUGACGGAAUGGAUAAUGGUUUUAAAAAUAUCCUUCCCGGUUAUACUGCUGGAUGAAGUACUCAAGUUUGUAUCAAGAAAAUUAAUUGGUGUUGAGCAUCAACAUAAAGUGAAGACAGAUUAGAUCAUCAACGCAUGGUAUGAAAUAGUGUUGAAGUGUAACUGAAUAUUCUAACCCCACCUUACACCUCGUAACAAAACUUCAAUAAUAACCAUUCCUAUAAAAUUUAUUUAUAUAAACUUUGGAAACGGUGUAAUUUAUUAUAGGCAUAUUACAGUUGUCGUAUUGUGAAUAUAAAGCAUAUAACGGGUAGUAUAUAUUUCUAUGCAAUACCAUAAAUAAUCCGUGGAUAAUACAAAGCUUGAUUAAGGGCUUUGUACAUGUAGUAUUAAUCCGUUAAUCGAAUCCGGAUUCUAUAUAGGGCACGUAAUAACUAAAUAGGAACAGGUUUUAAACUAGCUUCGUAUUGUUUGCAAACGAAGUGAGGAACGUUGCUUAGUUUUUUUUUUAUCAUAUUUAAGGAUUGUGUUGUUGAGCGCUUUAUUUUUAUACGGCAAAAAUGAUCAGGACGGUUGCAUUGUAUUAGUACAGACUUAAAGAUUACUGGUUAUUUCAUGUAUGCGCUUUAAGAUCAUUAUAUUUGCAAUUCAAAAUAAAACCGACGUGAUCAUUUUAGCUGUCGUAAAAAUAGACUUUCUAAGCGAAUUUUUGCGUCAUCUAAGUAGGCAUGCUUUUAAAUAAUGAUUACUUGAUUCCCUUUGUAAGCUGUACGUGAUUGAUUCUGUAUGUGAAAUUAGGAUGCCGUUUUAGGGAAAUUUUUGCCCUUUAUUUACCCCGUUACGAAGUUAUUAAAAGUAAGAAAAAUUG